AUGCCGAAAAGGAAGACAGCCGAUACUGACGAGGAGGAGAAAGAAGUGGUGAAAACUGCCAAGAAACUGACCAAGGAAUCGGUCACGAAAUCCAGCAAAGUCACUGCCGAUGAUGACGAUGAUGGCAAUUCAUCCGCAUCUAAUUUCUCCGAUGACGAUCACGUCGCCCCCUCGAGCGACAGUGAGGAUGGGAGUGACCCUCCAUCCGUGAAAAGCGGCUCGUUCAGUGGCUCGUCUCGCAGUGGGGACGAGGAGGUCGACGAUGUUGUCGAAGAGGACGACGAGGAAAAAUUAAGUGACGAGGAAGAGGACGAAGAAGAAGGAGUCAAGUCAGACGCGGACUCUGAUUCGGAUUUUGAACGACAAUUGAAAGCAAAGCCGAUCAAAAUCAAUCCCGUGUGGCAGUUUGAAGUGAAAGAAUUGAAAAGUGCCAUAAAAGCGGUGAGGAGGGGAAUGCCAGCAUCUUAUGCUAGUAAGAAAUUUGGGAUGAGUACAUCUGUCAUAAAUCAGCAUGCGGCUAACUACCCGGUCAAGAAGACAAAGAAAGUCAAAGCGGAGCCGGUCAAGAGUGAAAGUGUGGAAAAGAAGGAGGAGGAAGUUGAAGUUAAAGAUGACUAA